AUUUCUUUUUCUCUUUCUUUUUCAGAAGUUACACCCGAAUGUCUCAAAUAUAGUGAAGAAGUCGACUGCAAAUUUUACCGUUGUUUGGAUAAGAGGUACCCUUGUCAUAAAGAAGACAUGGGACCGGAAAGCUCGUAUAUGCAUUGUGAAGCAGCUAUGGAAGUGUCAAAAACUUUGACCGAUAUAGGGAAAAUCUGGAUCAAUUCACUAGUUGCAUGUUUCAUGAAGGAAAUGACUGAACUAUACAAAGCUGAAACACUCGAUUGUAAUUCUGUCUUCGGAAAAGCCAAGAAUAUACAACAGCAUUGUUACACGUCUAAUGAUUUUUGCGGAGUCGGCUGGGAUAAUCGCGAGGCACUGUGGAAAAUUUUCCAGCGGCCCAUGAACGAGACAAAAUCAGAUUAUUAUAUGAUGUUAUGGAAAAAUCUCGGAAUGAUGUCUUCAAAAUGCACAACGAAAAAUGCCCCUGAAUUAACCUCCUGGAUCAACUCCAAAGCAGAACAUUAACUGACGAAAUAAACGAAAUGUAUUCAAUAAGUUAUCUACAUUUCAGGGAUAACUGUUGGCUCAAA